AUGCAGGUUUUUUAUGGACCACAGCCCCUGAAGCCGUUAAACACUGAAAUGAGACAUGGUUUUGAUGAACAGUACAAAGAUGAACAGUUUCUUCAAUCCUUGGCUAAUGAAUUUAUAUUCUAUUUCGAUGAUAAAAAACAUCUAACAAGUGGUAAUCCUAUCCCAGAAGAAGUAAAAGCUGAAGACAGGGACCGUUAUUAUCAGCCAAUACUGGAUUGGAAAAUUACAAAAGAUCGUCAAAAGACUGUCAGCGCAGCAUUGCUGCUGUGUCUAAAUCUCGGUGUUGAUCCUCCGGAUGUUAUCAAGACACAUCCCUGUGCUAGAAUGGAGGCCUGGGUAGACCCAUUGAAUUUCCAAGAUUCCAAAAAAGCCAUUGAACAAAUAGGGAAGAAUUUACAAUCUCAAUACGAAACCUUAUCAUUGAGGACACGUUAUAAACAAAGUUUGGAUCCUUGCGUGGAAGAUGUUAAGAGGUUUUGUAACUCCUUGAGGAGGACAUCUAGGGACGAUCAGAUAUUAUUUCACUAUAAUGGUCAUGGUGUCCCUCGUCCCACCUCUUCAGGUGAAAUUUGGGUCUUUAAUAGGGGCUAUACACAAUAUAUUCCCGUGUCACUAUAUGAUCUACAAACAUGGUUAGGAGCACCUUGCAUUUUUGUUUAUGACUGUAAUAACGCUGGAAAUAUUGUUACUAAUUUCAAAAAAUUUGUGAACAAGCGUAUCAUAGAUGAUGAAGAAGGAAAUCAUGACGCGGCAGCAUCCUCACCGACUUCUGCAUAUAAAGAUUGCUAUCAACUUGCAUCAUGUGGCGCAGACGAGCUAUUACUCAUGAGUCCCGAAUUACCCGCAGAUCUCUUCACUUGUUGUUUAACCUGUCCCAUAGAGAUAAGUGUCAGAGUCUUCCUGCUACAAUCACCUUUAAAAGAUACGAAGUACAAGAUUUUUUUCGAGGCUCCUAAUCCUUCUGGACGUUCUUCGAAAGACUCCAUGAGAAACAAGAUUCCAAAUGUUCAUAUUCCCGGUACACUUUCUGAUAGAAGAACUCCGCUUGGUGAACUAAAUUGGAUUUUUACAGCAAUUACUGAUACAAUAGCAUGGACUUCACUACCUAGACCACUAUUCAAAAAGUUAUUUAGACAUGACCUUAUGAUCGCUGCGUUAUUUCGUAACUUCUUGUUGGCAAAGAGGAUUAUACCAUGGUAUAAUUGCCACCCAAUAUCCGACCCAGAGUUACCAGACAGCAUAGCAACACAUCCUAUGUGGAAGUCCUGGGAUUUGGCCAUCGAUGAAGUUUUGGACAAAAUUAUUUAUGAUCUAAAAAACUCACCUCAAACAUCUGAAUUAGAGGCGCAGAUGAUUCUUCGACAACAAGAAAGCUUUCAAUCGAAAUUUGCUCAACAGGAACAGCAUGAUACUAAUAAGCAAGAAAGUGUGCAUGCACAGUCAAGAUUCGCCGUUGGUAAUUUGAGUACCAUGUCCCUAGCAACUCAUCCCGCAUUGCAAACUAGAAAAUCUCAAGUAGGUUUACGAACUGUACAACAAUCAGCCCAACAACAGUUUACAGGAUUUUUUGAACAAAAUCUAACAGCAUUUGAGCUAUGGCUGAAGUAUGCUUCUAACGUUAGAAACCCGCCUGAACAGCUGCCUAUUGUUCUUCAAGUGUUGCUUUCUCAGGCUCAUCGUAUAAGGGCUCUUGUGCUGCUCUCCAGAUUCUUAGAUUUAGGACCGUGGGGUGUUUAUCUUUCGCUUUCCAUCGGUAUAUUUCCCUACGUUUUGAAGUUAUUACAAAGUCCUGCUCCGGAGUUGAAGCCUAUUUUAGUUUUCAUAUGGGCACGGAUAAUGUCUAUUGACUAUAAAAAUACUCAGGCAGAUUUGAUAAAGGAAAGGGGCUACAUGUACUUCAUUCAUGUAAUUGUACCGCAGUUUGGUAUGAGCGCCUCUUCUUCGUUAGACAACAGUGUACCCUUUUCACCACUUUCUUCCAAUGCUCCGCAAAAUGGAAGACUAUACAUUAAUGACCAGCAGUUCAACGGAACAGCUACUCCGAAUACUCCACCAUAUAAUCAUCACAUUAACGAUACCACGGAUGAGCAGAAGGCCAUGGCUGUAUUUGUGCUGGCUUCGUUCGUAAGGGAUUUUGCUCUGGGUCAAAAAUAUACUUUUCAUUUAGAAUUGGUCCAAAAACUUUGCACAUAUAGUACUAGCUCAGAGGUGCCUCUUUUGAGACAAUGGAGCGCCAUUUUACUUGGUCUACUUUUCGUACAAAAUCCACUUCAUAAAUCUAUAUCAAUGAAAACGGGUGUAUUAGACACUUUGUUAAACUGCAUACGCGAUCCUGUUCCUGAAGUUAGGACAGCAGCUUUAUUGUCCCUUAACUUUUUCAUUUCUACUGUAGAUGAUAAUGACUUUAUAGGCAAUUUGCAGCAGGAAUACGAACAACAGUUUCAACAAUUACAAUAUCAGGCACAACAAAUACAAACUAAUAUUCAUCAGAAACAAAAUCAUCAGCAACAACAGCAUUUUGAAAUCCAGUUGUCAAAAAUAGAAAAGCAACUAAGCAUCUGUCAGUACAUGCAGUCCGAGCUUGAACUUAUUGAAAUUAAAAAACUCAAAUCUCAAGAGAUAACUAAUUUAAUAGCAGUUUUGGGACUUAUCAAUGAUGGUUCACCGCUUGUUAGGAAAGAAGCCAUUGUAUAUUUUUCACAGGUUGUUGAGCGCUAUAUUACGUUUUUUAUUGUUGUUGCAUUCAAUGAGCUGACCCUAGAUAUUGCCCAACUAGAAGGGCUUGAUCCAGAAAGCAUGAUUUUUGCAGAUAAACAUCCUAUCAGUCAUGGUUCAGUGUUUAAUACUGUUUGGAAGGCGCUGCUAAUACUUGCGGGAGAUCCAUAUCUAGAAAAUAGAAGGAAGGCCGAGCAGGUUAUAGACUACAUUCUUGCUGAACUAAGCGCACAUAAGGAUUUGGAGGUACCUUUUUCCAAACUAGAACAUUACCUGAUGAAAAGAAGUGCAAAAGGCAGUACAAAUAAUAAGAUGGGUUUCAGUGUCAAUCCUUCGAAGACGCAGGUUAAAUCUUUUACGCCUUCGAUCAAUGGCACUUUCGAUAAAAACUCAAAAUACAAUCAAAACAUGCCCGAUACUGAGAAUACGCUACAUAAUAGCACAUCUUUGGGUAGACUGUUCAAAUCAUUUCGUAUUGGCGAUAUGACAUCAGAUAAUGAGGAUAAUGUGUCCAUAUUAAGCAAUAAUGAGAAAAAAGGCAUAUCUUUAUUAAGUGUUUCACAUGGUACAUCUCCUGUACCACGCACACCCAGGUACAAAGAACCUAGGCUUCCUUUGACGUUUCCUCUAAAAAGCUCUUUUCUUGACUAUGCCAGUGAAUACUUUCAGGAGCCUCAAAUGAGAAAGCAAGAAGCAGAUGAGGUAGGAAGUUUGGAAUAUAACGCCAAAUUGUGGCGCAGAAAUAGAAAUGAUGUUAUUAUAAGGGAAACCCAAAGUCAAAAGACGCUAGCACUAUACGGAGACUGGUCCAAAAAAUUCUCUACCUUAGACAACAAAUCUCAGCCAAAAGUCAUGAACUUUAAUCAAUUUGAGGACCAAUUGGUUGUUGGUGAUGAUAAAGAUAAUAUAUCGGUAUUUGACAUAGAAAAAAAAUUGAUGAUAUCCAGAUUUUCUAACGGUAAUCCUUUUGGUACAAAAAUUACCGAUAUCAAAUUCAUCAAUGAAGAUGAUAUUGGUCUACUUAUGUGUGGCUCUUCAGAUGGUAUUAUCAAAAUCUAUAGGAGCUAUUCUUCCAGUGAAGACGUCGAAAUGAUUUCUGCCUGGAGAGGUCUGACAGAAAUGUUACUGACGCCAAGGUCAAGCGGUCUAAUAACCAACUGGCAACAAAUACGAGGGUCCCUUUUAACCACAGGUGAUGUAAAAAUUAUAAGGGUUUGGGACGCACAUACUGAAAGUAUUGAACUGGAUAUUCCUGCAAAAAGCUCCUCUCUGAUUACUUCAUUGACAUCUGACCAACUGGUGGGCAAUAUUUUCGUUGCCGGGUUUGCCGACGGUUCUUUGAGAGUUUAUGACCGACGUAUGGAGGCUAGAGAUGCCGUGGUUCGUCGUUGGAGGUCUACUGGAAAUAAUGGGGCCUUCAUUAACAAUGUACAAAUGCAAAGAGGCGGAUAUAGGGAACUGGUAAGCGGUACUUCGAAAGGUGUAGUUGACCUAUGGGAUAUCAGGUCUCAACACCCCGUAAAUACCUUCUACGACGAAAACUAUCAGCAGACAGGAGAUCAAAGAAGAACUACAACUAUGACCAGUAUGCAACUGCAUGAACAUGCCCCGAUACUUGCUACAGGUACUAGGCAGAUAAAAAUAUGGACAACUUCUGGUGAUUUAUUAUCUCGAUUUAAAAACUCACAUGGUCUUAUGGGCAGUAGUGUAGCAAGUACAUUUGCUGCCACAGGGAUAACAUCUUACUCCUCAAACUCCUUUAUUUCUAGCAUGGCAUUUCACCCUCAUAGAAUGAUUUUAGCAGCGGCAAGUUCACACGAUUCAAACAUCAAUGUUUAUAAGUGUGUGGACAGUGAGCUUGACUUUUACUGA